UUCUCGCAGACAUAUUCUGAUACAUCUUAUCUCUUUCCUCUUUUUUAGCCCAACUUUUAUAUUUAUCAAUUACUCAAAAUGGCAAAAAAAUUUGAUGUUACUUUAAUUCCAAAUGGACAGGAAAAUAGCAAAAGUUCUCACACAAAGGUCUCUGGAUGCACGUAAGUACAGUCGAUUCUCUGCUGAUCAAGGUUCUCAAAACCAACACGAAUUUGGGUGUACUAAUUUUGUUGACUUUUGCUAAUAUACAAUAUAUCAUUCAACAUAUGUAGUAGUGAUAUGAAAGUCAAAGAAUUUGUGGAAAAAUUUAAAAAAGCAUGUACUUUGACACAGGUUCGAAACGCAAAGAAUUUUACUUUCAAUAAUAAAAUUGCCCAUAAAACCGCAUUAUCCCCAGCCAAUAAUGACGAUAAACUUGACGUAGCUUUAGAAAUUACAGAUAAGUGCUCUAUUAUAUACACCUCAAAUUAAAAAUAAAAAUUUGUUGGCAGGCUUCAGUACAUUCGCAAGCAACAGCGUCUCCCAUCCAUCCAUUUCUUCACUUCUUUUUGUUCUUUUUUCUGCCAGGGGGUUUUUUGUAUUUGGAAUCCGCGCGUCCAGGCAGCAGCAAUCCAGUCAGGGCCAAACUUUCGUGGGCAUCUAGCGCAGGGGCGUACUUUGUGGCGCGCAUUCAAGGUUACUUUUACCCUAUAUCAGUUCAGCAUUUUUCUUCCUUUUCCAACUCAGAUCUCAAUAUACCCUUUUAUUGCUUUUUGAUUGUGAAGGUGCAGCGCAGGUGCAAUUUGGAUCCAGAUUAUGGUUACGCACGCUCAGAUCUCGUGCGCAUACAGUGUGAACCAAAUCAAAAUCGACAGC